ACCAGUUUUCACCGAUUGGGCGUACAAUUAAAAAUACAAAUAAAUUUCUAUAUAUUUCGAUUUAAAUCUGAUAAUGUCAGACGUCCACGUUGACAUUAGACUACGUAGAAUUACUAAAAUUUAUAAUGAAGGGGAUUCUGCUACAGGAGUGGUGCUUAUUGUAAAUAAUACGAAGUCGGAUGUUUCUCAUCAAGGCGUCACCUUAGCAUUGGAUGGCCGUGUUAACUUGAAAAUGAGUUCUAAGAACAUUGGUGUAUUUGAGAGCUUUUAUAAUUCCGUUAAACCAAUCCAAUUAACUAGUGCAAAUAUCGAUAUAUUAAAGCCGGGAAGAGUUAAGAGCGGAAGAACAGAACUCCCUUUUGAAAUUCCUCUAAAGCCUCGCGUUGCCAACCGGCCACUUUAUGAAACUUAUCAUGGAUUAUAUGUUAAUAUCGAAUACAUGCUCAUGGCGGAAAUGAAGCGAUCGUUACGUAAAGACUUGAGAAAAGAGAUAGAAAUCGUUGUUGAAUAUAAGGAUAAAGAGCAAAGUUUUAUCUCUCCCGAAUCAACUUCUUUCACCUUAAACCCAAAUUCUGUUCAAAAGACAGCAAAAGAGAGGGAAACUUUUCCACGUUUUGUUAUUAAAGGCGAUCUAAAGACCCAGGGACCAAUAGGUAGCCCCAUGACUGGUGAAAUUACAAUCGAAUCCUGCGAACAACCAAUAAAAUCAAUUGAACUACAGCUUAUGAGAGUGGAAGUAUGCGGUUGUGCCGAAGGUUAUUCAAAAGAUGCUACAGAAAUACAAAAUAUUCAAAUUGCAGAGGGUGAUCCGUGCCGUAAUGUUGCUAUACCAAUUUACAUGGUAUAUCCAAGAUUAUAUACUUGCCCAACAUUAACUACAAGAAACUUUCAAGUGGAAUUCGAAGUUAAUAUUAUUGUGAUAUUCCAAUCUCAAUAUUUGGUUUCGCAAAAGUUCCCACUUCAACUAUCAAGAUUCUAG